GCCUCGCUUUGCGUGACCGCGGCAGGUUGGUCCUGGAGCAGAUAAGCUCAGAAUAUUUAGGCGAAAGCGAGAGGAGGGGGGGAGCGCGGGGCAGGAGGAGUACCUCGGCCAAGAAAAUUAUGCAUGCGUUAGGGAAGCUCUGAGAGAAUGGCUGUGGAAGCUCUUCACUGUGGUUUGAAUCCACGGGGCAUUGAUCACCCUGCCCAUGCAGAAGGUAUUAAACUGCAAAUUGAAGGUGAAGGUGUGGAAUCUCAAUCCAUUAAAAACAAAAAUUUCCAGAAGGUGCCUGACCAGAAAGGAACCCCCAAGCGACUGCAGGCAGAAUCUGAGACGGCUAAGUCAGCUACAGUGAAGCUGUCUAAACCGGUGGCUCUAUGGACCCAGCAGGAUGUCUGCAAGUGGUUGAAGAAACAUUGUCCGAAUCAGUAUCAGAUCUACAGUGAGUCAUUCAAACAGCAUGACAUAACUGGGCGAGCCCUGCUGAGACUCACUGACAAAAAGCUUGAGCGAAUGGGGAUUGCCCAGGAGAACCUCCGGCAACACAUCUUACAACAGGUGCUCCAGCUGAAGGUGCGAGAAGAAGUCAGAAAUCUACAGUUACUCACACAAGGUGCUGGUCAACAUUCAAGAACAUUCUGAUUUGAAGACUCAGAUUUAUUUAUAAAAUGCACUGCAAGAAUGACAUAAUUGUGCAUUUUUCAAAUACUCCUUCAGGUUCUGCCCGAGCUACUAUGAAGCAGUUGUGGGGAGUGGAUCUUCCAAUGCUCGAAAUGCUCUGGAAACUUGAAUUGAGGAUAAGAGCAAUUCAGCAUGGAACUAGCACCAAGACUCACACUAAGGAAGAAGGGGUUGGAAGAAAUUGAAAGAAUACUCUGGGGUUGUGCGUUCCCCAUUGCAGAAUUGGGGGCCCUGCUGUAAAUGGGGAGUACUCACCAGAGAGUGAAAAACUUUGAGUGUUGCAAAGUUCUGAACCACAGGGUUCUUUUUCAUGUAGAAAUACCUUCAUAAUGUAUGUAGGGGAAUAGCUUGAGUAAAAUGUAGAGCAACUAUGAACACACAGAACCACUCAGUAAAACGGUAUGUAUCAAUAUGGUAAUGUGUGAAAUAUAUUGUAAAGAGAGAAUUUCGAUUGCAAACAGUAUUAUUUUAUAUGAUCUCACUUUUAUUUAAAAAUGCAAAGAUUUGAAUGGAAAAAUAUUGUAAGUGUAUAUGUGGAAAUAUUGACAUUAUCACUUGAUAAUGGGUAUAGGAGUACAUCCAUAUCCAUUAUAAUGGGAUAAUGGUUAUCUUCGCUUCGCUUAUUUAUGUUUCCUGAAUUUUCUACAGUACUAUGUAACUUGUAAAAAUAUAAAUUUUCAGAACUGGAAUUAUUUUUCUUAUCAAGAUAGCAAUAAAUAAAACUUGUUGGAAGCUGACUGUGCCA